AUGACCGACAUAAUCGAAGAUGAUGCUGAUGAUGGCUUUUUCAUCGGCAAAACUAGAGAAUACCUAGAAUUGCAUGAGCAAGUCGAGACGAGCACCAACUUAUUAGGAGACCUGGAAACAUUCCUCUCGACAUUUCAAACCGACCUGUCUGCGGUAUCUGGUCAAAUUUCCGAUCUUCAAGCUCGCAGCAAGGAUUUUGACGCGAAACUGAAAGGCCGAAGGAAAAUAGAGCGUCCGCUAUCUCAACUUCUUGGGGAGCUUGCCAUUCCACCCGAGUUGGCAUUGCUCAUCCUCGACAAUGGAGUCAAUGAUACAUGGAUUCCCGCAAUUGAGGAGCUGGAAAUUAAGCUGGAUACUAUUCAACAGCGGACACGAGUGAAAGCAGCAAAAGACCUGUCCGAAGUGAGCGAAGGCUUGCGGAUUGUAGCCGCAACUAAGCUGCGUCAAUUCUUCCUGAGUUUGAUGCAGCCAAUACGGGCAACGGUCAGCACAAAUAUGCAGAUUAUACAAACAUCGGUUCUCUUGAAAUUCAAAUCAUUGUUUGGUUUCCUGCAACGACGUGCCCCCAAAGUUGCAGCGGAGGUACAGAGAGCCUACGUCGGUGCCGCACGAUCAUACUACGAAACAGCAUUUAGAAGAUAUGCUCGAAGUGUCGGAUAUAUUAUUACAAGAGAUCCUCCCAAAUCGCAGCUAAUCACGGCCGCUCCAUCUGACGCUCACAAGGAAGAACAAGGUUAUGAUUGGAGCCGUUUGGAUCACGCCCAAAUUGAGGGUCCUCCAGUAACACUUUCAUAUAUGGCUGACGACAAAGCCUAUAAACAACCCGUAGAAGCGCUCUUUAGAUCUUUGAUGCUGGUUCUCAUGGACAACGCGACUGCUGAAUACAAUUUCAUCAACACCUUUUUCAAUCAAGCACCGGCUCCUCUCCCACCAUCGAGGCCAGGUGUGAUAAGCCCUACAUUUGACGAGCGGCGAACCGAUGCAGGCUCGAUAUUAGAAGUCCCAAUGUCUCCGACAAGAAGCAGUCGACCCAUGGUGUCAAUGGAAGAACAGCAAGCUGCUACGGAUGAUACGAGGAAAGCGCUGGACACAGUGUGGAAGCAAGUCAUCGAGACUGCUCUGGACUACUGCAAGACCACAGCUCUUUCUUGUUGGCAGCCUACGCCACCUGAAAUCAUCCCGCUGCUCACCAUGAUGCGUCUCAAUGAGAAUGUUCUAAUCGAGGUUCAGAAGCGGGCAUGUACUCCGCUCGAAUCAUUCUUGGUGGAAAUGCGUCUUUCCAUGUGGCCAAUAUUCCAGAAGGAAAUGAAUACCCAGGUGGAGAGUCUCAAGAAGCUGUUGGAGGGUGCACAUGGUGGACUGCUUACGAAGAGCACACUGAAGGAUUCGGUGGUGGAAACAGUAUCACGUACAUAUGGGACUCUCUUCGCCGCAUUCAUCUCUUUGAGCGAGCCAAGUGAAGAAGCCAUGCUAUUUUCAAACUUGGGCCGAAUGCGACCAGAAAUUGCACAGAUCAUAAUCACACACGGAAACAAGAUCAAGGACAGUCGCCAACAAGCGGUGUACCUGUCUACAGCAUAUGAGAAUGUGUUGCACUCUGCCAUGUCCGGACCAUUCUCGAACAGCAAUCCGAAAGCUCAAGCUGAGAUCGUAUUCUGGCGGGAAAAGGAAGAAAACGCGCGGAAACGCAUUAUGAUGCGUCAGACCUGA